AUGGGGUGGGGCUGCCCCACGCUGCAGCUCUGCUGGGAGAUGAGCCCUUGUGGGUCCAGACCCUGGAAUCUGAGGCUGUGGCCACGUGUGGUGACCCAGAAGGUUGACCCCAGCCCAGUGAGCGCUCCAGCUCCAUCACCUCAAGACCUCACAUUCUUAAGUCUCCACCUGCCGGCAGGCUGCCGCCCCUGAAACCUCACAAGUCUUUGAAGGAAAGGAGACUUGGGGGUAGGGAGAGGGGUCACACAGGGUCAGGCUCCCCAAGACUCCUCAGGGGCAGGUCCUCUGAGCCAGUGUCCAGCCGUCUUGGGCCCAACCUCUCUGCUCUGGUCCUUGCUUUGGCCUGGCUCUGUCUUGUCUUCCCCUAGGCAGGCCUCCAUGAGAGAACAUUGAGCAGGUUAUAUCAGGGUCUGUUGGUGUGGCUGUGAGAUGCAGGCAAACCCCACAGCUUACAGAGCGCUGUGGUAGGAGCCCGUGGGACUCAAGAGCAAACGAGCCUGUUGCAUAUCAAACAGGUUCCCAGAGAAUCAGUCACAUGCAACCUUUGUUGCAUCUCAGAAGAAGCUCCUGGAACCUGGUUUCCACCCUGAGCCCUACUGACCCCUCAGGCUAGGCCUGGUGCCCUGUCCAGCCUCCUUCCUGCUUCACUGAGCUUUUCUUGCCAUGUGGUUGGCUCCUACUACCCCAGUUCCUCCACCCUCCUCGAGUCCACCCUCCCAGUACCAAGGGGUGGUCAGAGGCUCCAGCCCUGUUUCUGUAGGAACAGCAACCGUAAGUAUCCCCCUGCCCCCAUGUCUUGGCCCCAGAGUUGUCCUCCAAACCUUUGUGGUCAUGUUGGGCUGUGUCCUGCCAGGCCGACCUCUCUGCUUAACCCCGAAUGUGUUAUGACUGUAAGUUUUUGUGGGUUUUCUAGGUCAAGAUGAAGGACUGAACACAUGCAUCUUGGUCCAGAAACCCACUGAAACCACAGGGAGCGUGUGAAACACUAACCCUUGGGAAUUCCCUGGCAGUCCGGUGGUUAGGACUCCAAGCUUCCAUUGCUGGGGGCUCAGGGUUCGAUCCCUAAUUGGGGAACUAGGAUCCCACAUUCUGCGUGAUGUGGCCAAUACGUAAAUAAAACACAAAACCGCAAGUAGGAUCGUGAAAGAGGAGGCAAUGGCAUACGGAAGCUAGAAGUGGGUGGAAAUCGAGGAGCUAGUACCGAUUUGGGGAAAAGCCAAAUACUGAGUUGGCGCUGAUGGACGUGCAGGGUGGUCCAACCAGGCUCACGCUGUAGAAAUCCAGAAGGCUUGAAAACCAGAAGCCCUCUGGAAGGGUAGACCCAAAAUAAACAUGACUGAGGGAAAUCUGAAUAGGCUGUUAGAGCUCCUGCUCUCCCCACAUGGUAGAUGGUGGAAGAGACCUUUCUUUGCAGGACUCAUCUAGCUGAAGGCACGUCUGAGAGUCUGAGGAUAUAGAUUACGGGACAGUUUCCUCAUCAGUAGAUGAGUGCCUGCUGUCCCCGCACACCCGCAGGGCGCUCAGUGGUAGUCGAAUGACGGACCCCAGCGCCACCCUCGCUGGAGAAAUUCCUGGGGAAGGCGGAGAACGCCCAUGGGUUAGGCCAGCCUUCCCGGCAGGUCCCUGCUUCCUCCUGGGACCCCGAGAGGCGAGUCUCUGGGAAACUUCGGCCGCCUGGGAGGGCAGGGCCACGCUCCGGCGGUCGCCUUGGAAAUAGCGGGAGGCGGGCCGCUGUGCUCCCGCGGUAACCACGGCGACCGCCGGCGCCCAGAAGGAGGCUGCAGGGAGGCACCAGGGCGGAGCGCCAGCCUGAUUGGCCGAGAGGUCACGCCCCGCCCCGCCUCACCUCUCGGCCAAUAGGUGCCGGCCUGCUGUGCGCAUGCGCAACGGCCGGAGGACUCGUCCAUCUCGGCAGUUGGUGGCUCCAGGAAGAUUCCUCGCACAAUGCCAUCCCCACUGGGUCCCCCGAGUCUGCCUUCUCUGGACCCCGAGGCCAUCCCAGAAGAUCCUGAGACGGCACGCCAGCGCUUCCGGGGCUUCUGCUACCAGGAGGUGGCUGGUCCCCGGGUGGCUCUGGCCCGGCUGCAGUUUCUGUGCCACCAGUGGUUACAGCCCGAGGCUCACUCCAAGGAGCAGAUUCUGGACCUGCUGGUGCUGGAGCAGUUCCUGGGGGCGCUGCCCCCUGAGAUUCAGGCCUGGGUGCGGGGCCAGCAGCCAGGCAGCCCCGAGGAGGCGGUUGUCCUGGUCGAAGACCUGCAGCGUGACCCUGGGCAGCUGCUGGGCUGGAUUACAGCACAUGUCCUGCAGCAAGCUGUGCUCCCAGCCACGCAGAAGACAGAGGAGUUGGUGGGGGGUGUCCACCCCUCAGGGACAGUGGAGCCCCUCAGGGCAGCCUCUGGGGAGGGGCCAAAGGAUGCCCAGAUGGAGGGCAAUGCCCAGCUCAGCUGCAGCGUGAAGGAGGAGCCUGAUGGCUAUGUGCAGGAGACAGGGACAGUCCCUGACCCCUGCCUGCCUGGCUUCCUAGCAUCCUCCAGCCCCCCACCUCCAGCCCAGUCCCACAAGGAGCACGUCGAACAACAGGAACCGACCUCCACACCCUUCCAGCCACCCCGGCUUCAGGAGUGGGGGCUCCUGGAACCAUCCCAGAAGGAGCUGUACUGGGACGCGAUGCUGGAGAAGUACGGCACGGUGGUUUCCCUGGCAGGGUUGCCGCACCCCCUGCCUGAGUCCCGCGCGGAGUCUCAGCCGGAGGUGCUGAGCACUGGAUCCGAGGGGCGGAGACGGCUCCGCCCUGGAGAUGAGAGCGAGGGCCAGCCCGGUGGCCCCGAGGCCCCGCCACCACCACCGCCGCCGAGGAGCAAGCCCUACACGUGCACUCAGUGCGGCGGCGCCUUCGACUGGAAGUCGGUGUUCGUCAUCCACCGCCGCGCGCACGCUGGCGGCCAGUGCACAGAGAAGCCACCGGCCGGCCCGCCCCAACGCGCGCUCCCGGGCCCGCGCGGCUACGCCUGUGAGGAGUGCGGCCACAGCUUCAGCUGGAAGUCGCAGCUGGUCAUCCACCGCAAGGGCCACGCUGGCCAGCGGCGCCACCUUUGUGCUGACUGCGGCCACAGCUUCGACUGGAAGUCCCAGCUGGUCAUCCACCGCAAGAGUCACCGGCCCGAGGCCCCUUGAGCGUGGGAAGGGCGGUCUCCCCAUCCCUGCGCCAGCGAGGCCUGGAGACCUGGAGGCCGCCCAGGACCCUGGAGCAGGUCAGAGUCCCAGGGGAUCCCUCAGACCCCCUCAGUCUCCCCCCCGGAGUCAAUGCUCCCCGUCUCCUGCCUCCCCCACCCCAGCUUUCUGAGAGGCCUGGGCUCCAGGCCUCCGCCAGCCCAGUGCAGCCAGGGGACUUGGAAGCUCCCACCGGUGACCUAGUGCAGGCUCCCCUGACCUCUGGGACCACUUGGCUUGGUGACCAGGCCCCUCCCACUCCUCCUGCAGAAGCUGGGCCCGAGGUUUGAGUGUGGACGGGCCAGGAACCCUAGGAGAGCACGGCCUGCUUCCGUCAGCAGCCAGCUGCAAAGUUGAAGUUUAUCCACUGUGCGUUUUAGAGUUUUAACAGAUUCCAGUUUUAAACUGGAGACGUUUCUGCAGAAGAAUCCUGGCGUGUGGUCUCUGCUGAUCGGAUCAGAGCAACUGCCCUCCGCCUAGCCCCUGGAGCUGCCGAGCAGCUGGCCCCCGAGCCGGGCCAGCGUCCAGCCCGCCUGCUCCUUGGCCGCACACCCAACUGCUGGCAUUGUUGUCCCUGCCUGAGUGGACGUGAAGGGAACUUCUCUCCAAGGAUUUCUGGACAAGGAUGGGCUCCGAGAACAGAUGUCACUUAGGCCUGUAGGCCGGCGGCUCAGGGCUGUGUCCCCACAGCCUGCACAGCGGGCCACCCCCGGCGGCCCGUCUGGGUCCUGGGCAGUCGUCCAGGUCUUGGCCAGCAUCCUGUGCUACUUUCCUACUGCUGCGAUGGCUUGACACAACACGUGUAUCCUCCUGGGACUCGGGAUUGGGUCUCCCUGGGCCCAGUCACGGUGUCAGCAGGGCUGGUUCCUCCUGAAGUCUCUAAGGGGGAAUCCACUGCAAGAGUUUUUCUGGCUUGUAGAGGCCGCUGCGCCCCUUGCUUGGUGGCCCUUCACUCCAUCUGCAGCGCUCGCCAUGGAUGCUGCGGUCCCACACUGCCUCCUCCUUGUCAGGCCCUCGGGGCUGUGUCCAGAGUCCCCAGGAACCGUGGUGGUCCUCGUCUCAGGACUGCACGGCUUCCACGUCCACCCACCCUCCUGCUCUCAUCUGCACAAGCCCUUUGCGUGUGAGGUGACAUUCAAGGCUCCAGGGGUUAGGACGUGGACGUCUUGGGGGCUGUUACUCGGUACGCUUCGGUCUCCGUUCUGCUCUAAAACGAGCAUUUUGUGGGAGGUGAUUUCAGGGAAACAUGUGAGCCUAAGAAUUGAGCCCCCUGCAGCCUCGGGCACAUGCAGGGGUCGCAGGAGGGUGUUGAGUACGGCAGUAACCAUCGUUACUGGGCAAGGUGGAGGACGCCUGGACGGGGGUUGGGGGGCUUACUGCAGCCUGAAACUGGGAGGGAGAAGCCUUCAUCCCAGGGACCCACCUCCUCCAUGCCCAGUCUUCUGGGACCUUUGAGCUGUUGACCAUACUCAGGCCCGGGGAAGCACGGCCAGGCUGCAGGUGGAACUGGGCACCGGUGAUCUUGUUACCACAUCCAAGCUUGUGUUGCUUGGUGCAUGACAGGCUGAUGAACCAAGAGCCUGAGUGGUUAGGGCAAGGAGUAGUGCCUGUAUUCAAAAAGCCAGAUGAUAGGAGACUUGUGCCCCAAAGAACCAUCUCGUCUGAGUUAAAAUCCAGGCUGCUCUUACACUGUGAGGGGAUGGAGUAAGGUGAAACAUUUCCUGCUUCAGAGAGGAUGUGUUCAUUUCCUCCUCCAUGUAGACACUCACAGGUGGUGUGGUCAGGAGGUCUCCUGUGAGCUAAACAAAGGAAUUCUAGCUUAAAUGCUCACUACCUGUGAGUCAGGGCUCCCAGAGGUGGGCUAUUAUGUACAAUUUAAGCUUAGAAGCAGCAUUCUUAGUGACUAAGCAGCAUCACUUAGUGACUCAGUGAUUGACUCAGGUGACAGAAUUCAAAGGUUCUUCCUCAUUGUAACACAGUCUGGCUGGCAGCCAGAGGUGAGGUCUGUGCUGGGGUCACAGAGGAAUGUGCCAGGGCAGGGCCCAGCCACACACAGAUAGUGAGGGGCGGGCGGGGGCAGGCAGGCAGCCUUCUUGGGAGAUUUUCCAUAUUUAAAAGUAGUUUCUGUUUACUUAGAAAAGUCUGAAAUAUACCAGAGGACAAAGGUCACAAAAGUG